AUGGCAAACGUGUAAAACGACUCCAUUUUGCUAGUACAGUACACAUAGAUAGAGCUCCUUAGAAAUCCUGAACUCCACGCAUCUUUAGCUCCUCGCCGUAGAAAUCCUGAACCCUAACAGCUCUAUGAUGAUCUUAAACUAAUUGUUAGUGCUAUUAUUCACACUUGCCACCGGCCUCCCACGGUCCCCAACUCAAGCAGCCAAACAAAGCCACCGCAAACCCCAGGUUCAUGGCCAGCUAUGGCAGUCAUGGCCAUAACGACGACCUCACGUUGCAACCGAAAGCCCUCCUGGUGAUCCUCUCUUCUUCAUCACCUUAGUCGACUUCAUCUCGUCCCCCAACCCCAGCCUGCCGUGAUCCUCGCCGUCGGCCCUCACCACCACCGCCUCCAUCGAGCAGUAGUCGUGUCAGGCCGACGCUACCGUGUCGAGGCCAGAUCAGAUCUGUCGAACUCCAACCCAGCGCACCGACAAAUUCAGUUCCACAAACAGCACCCGCAUCAGUGAUCCGGUGGUCGCUCGACUCGCCGGCCUCAGAAACCAAACUCUGUUAUUCAUGGCGGGCGUCUUGGAUGCUUUGGUAUCCUACGUCCAGAACAUGCUUACGGAGAUGGCAAGAGAUGAGGUGCAAAUGCUGCUCGGGGUCUCGGGGGAGAUCCAAAAAUUGGACAUCAAGCUCAAGGACCUCAAGAACUUUCUCCUGGAUGCUGACAAGAGGAGCAUCACCGACCAGAGUGUGCAGGCAUGGGUACUAGAGCUUAGAGAGGCCAUGUAUGAUGCCACCAACAUCCUCGACAUCUGUCAGAUCCAGGCCAUGGAGCGGGGUCCAAGCCAUGAUGCAGGUUGCUUCAACCCCCUGUUGUUCUGCAUGCGGAAUCCCAUCCACGCCCACAAGAUUGGCAGCCGCAUCAAGAACCUUAACCAGAGGCUAGAAGAUAUCAAGAAACGUAGCUUGGACUUCAACUUCAUCAACCUCAAUUCAUAUGAGGACCGUAGCAGGAGGGUGGCAUCCUCUCGUCCUGGUAGCCGUGAGACAUCUGGUGAGCUUGAUGAGUCAAGUUUGGUUGGUGAGAAUAUUGAGGAGGACACAAGAAAUUUGGUGGAGAUGCUGACAACAGCGGCGCUACCAAAAUGUGAGAACAACAAAAUUUUGGUUUUUGCUAUGGUGGGCGUUGGCGGGAUUGGUAAAACCACCCUGGCCAAGAAGAUCUUCAAUCAUGACAUUAUCCAACAAGAAUUCGCAAAGAAAAUAUGGUUGAGCGUGAACCAGGACUUCAGUGAGAUUGAGCUGCUGAGAAGAGCUGUCAUCGAAGCUGGAGGUGAGCACCAAUCUAAUGGAAAUACAAGGGGCGCGCUUGAGCGAGCUCUUAAGGAAGUCUUGAACAGGCAAAAGAUUUUAUUGGUGAUGGAUGAUGUCUGGAACCAUCGAGCAUGGGAGGAUGUGCUCCAAACUCCCUUGAUCACUGCUGCCCUAGCUCCAGGUAGCUGUGUCCUCGUCACCACAAGGCAUGACACGGUCGCAAGAGGGAUGAUGGCAACAAGGCCCUACCACCAUGUCAAUAAACUUGAUCCUGAAGAUGCAUGGUUGUUGCUCAAGAAGAAGGUAGUUGGAAAUGGAAAUGAUGAAGCCCAGAUUGAACUGCUCAAGGAUAUUGGAAUGGAAAUUAUAACAAAAUGCGAUUGUUUACCGCUUGCUGUCAAAGUAAUAGGCGGUCUCCUGCGUCAAAAAACAGCAAGGCGACGGGAGUGGGAAAAUGUCCUAAAUGACUCGAUAUGGUCAGUAUCCCAAAUGCCUGAAGAGCUAAACUAUGCAAUAUAUCUUAGUUAUGAAGAUUUGAGUCCUAGUUUGAAGCCUUGCUUUCUUCACUACUCCCUCCUCCCCAAGAGCCGAGUGUUCUUCACCGAUGAGAUUAUCGGCAUGUGGAUUAGCGAAGGAUUUGUUUAUGGAACCUCUUGUGACUUAGAGAAAAUAGGAAAAGAGUACUAUGAUGAGUUGAUACAGAGGAACCUUAUUGAGCCUAAUUUAGAGUACGUUGAUCAAGUAGUCUGCAACAUGCAUGAUGUUGUCCGCUCAUUUGCUCAAUACGUGGCUAGACAUGAAGCAUUUGUAGUACACAACAAGGAAAUUCACAUUGCUGACAAAAUCAAUUCACAGAAGUUUUUACGCUUAUCUCUGGAAACGAGAGGAUCAGAAUCAGAUGAGUUAGAGUGGUAUUCAUUACAAGCACAAACAUCACUGAGAACAAUAAUAUCAGUCGGGAAUAUAAAAAUGAAACCUGGCGAUUCGUUGCUUGCUUUUUCAAAUUUACGGACACUACAUAUGCAAGAUGCAAAUUUUGAUGCAUUAUCCGAAUCUUUGAAUCAACUGAAACACUUGAGGUAUUUAUCCAUAAAAGGAACUAACACAUCUAGGCUGCCAGAAAACAUUGGAAAGAUGAAACUUCUGCAAUAUAUUAUCCUUUAUGGUUGUAACAGUUUGGUGAAGCUUCCAAAUUCCAUUGUAACGCUGAAACACUUGAGGUUUCUUAACAUUCAUAUAAAAGGAAUAAGCAGCAUACCUAAGGGUUUUCAUAGGUUAACCAAUCUGAGGAGUUUAUAUGGGUUUCCAGCACAUAUGGAUGGUGAUUGGUGUAGCCUUGAAGAACUGGGACCUCUCUCCCAGCUCACUAGGCUUCGUAUAAGUGGCCUGGAAAAUGUGUCUUCUUCCUCAUUUGCAACAAAAGCCAGGAUUGGUGAAAAGGUGCGGCUGAGCUAUCUGUUCUUAGAAUGCACAAGUAGAAUCGGACAUGAUGGUCAGUUGGUAAAAGAUGAAGAAGGCAUUCCUGAGGAGCAGCAGCGACAAAUCGAGGAGGUAUUUAAUGAGCUCCACCCUCCGUCUAGCUUAGAAAACCUCGUAAUCAGAUGGUACUUUGGUCAGCGGCUCCCAAGGUGGAUGAUGUCAACAGCAAUUGUGCCCCUUGGGAGCUUGAGGGUUCUAAUGAUGGAUGACCUGGUCAGCUGCUCGGAGCUUCCUAAUGGCUUGUGUCAGCUCCCCUGCUUGGAACUCCUACAGAUCGUUUGUGCCCCAGCGAUCAAGCGUAUUGGGCCUGAAUUCCUGCAACCAAACCAUCAUUGCCACCACCAUUCCCAGGUAGGGGUUCCAUUCCCCAGAUUGAGUAAGCUGAAGUUUAAUGAUCUGGUCGAUUGGGAGGAAUGGGAGUGGGAGGAGCAAGUGAAAGCCAUGCCUAUCUUGGAGGAGCUUAUACUCAAGAAGUGCAAGUUGAGGCACGUGCCUCCUGGCCUUGCAUUCCAUGCUAUGGCCUUGCAUUCCAUGCCUAUCUUGCAUUCCAUGCUAUGGCUUUGAGGAGAUUAUGAGAACUUUACUUUUGUUGUUCACCUCGACGUGUUUAGAAACACUGACCUGGAGAGGAUUAGUAAUCUACCAAAACUGCAGAAGCUCAUCAUAAUCGAGUGCCCAAAGAUGAAGGUAUUGGAGGGCAUGCCUGCGCUACAUAAACUCGAUCUGGAGGAUUAUGACAUGCAAACACUCCCCAGAUAUCUGCAGGAUAUAAAGCCAGGGCACUUGCUGCUGGACUGCAGCUUAUGGUUGCUCACUUCUAUAGCUGCUGGGAAGCAUGGUCCUGAGUGGGACAAGUUCAGCCAUGUCCAACAAGUCAAGGCAUAUGCAGAUGAUGAAGGCAUUCCGAGGAAAUGGUACAUGCUGUACACAAGAGACCCUUUCCGCUUCAAGACAAAUAUCAGCCGCUCUGACAUUGCCCAAGGCGGCACGCGUGGUCUCCUUACUCUAAAACAUGCCCCACUGAAGAUGAGUGGCCCGUAGGACGAUCUGCUUCGACAGACAAAGGUCUGCCCUUCCGCUUAUGGUUCAGGUGCAAUGCCUAUCGUCGUCUGGCUGGCUUGUUGCGUCGAGCGUGCCUGCACUGCAGUGAAGCGAACCGCAUCGCCACCUCAUCAGAUCAAUGGAUCGAAGGAGCAGUAUUGGACCAGAUAUGGGAGGCUGCAGGAACAAAAGGAAAGCUCAAGAGUGUGACGUGAAAUUGUGAACAUGCCUCUAUGUUUUCUGCAUUUGCAUUAGCAGUUGAUGCAUUUACGCUGCUUGCCCUGCAUCGUCAGAGAACAGCGAUAAUUGUACAGGUGGUGACAGACCUUUCUGUCCAUCGGCUGCACGAAAUUAUACUUGCUCAGCUUGCCCUACUUCGUCAGGCAAUAGCGAUGAUUCUAUGAUUCGUGACGGACCUAUUUGUCAACCGACUGUACAAAACAAGGCCUGCUCUGUUUUCAGUUAACCCUUGCUCUGUUUGCUUUCUUUAGUUUCCUCCGGUUGAUCUAAUCUAUCACUGUACAGCAGAGGUAAAGAACACAUUUCGUCUGUUUUCA